CGCAACAUCCUGACUGCCAGAGGCUGGUGAUCAGAGGCAGCGGCAAAGCCCCCGCAAGACGAAUGAAAUGAAAUCUGCUUUUGCCGCCACCUGCUUUCCCCCAAUUUCUUUGGUCUACUGAAGAACUGGCUGUAGUGCUGCCCUCAUCCUGACAGUGUAAAGCGGAUAUAAGGCUUCAAGUGUGCAGAUUCACCAUGGGGAUCAAGACUGCCCUCCCUAGAUAUGAGCUGUAUCUCUACACAGCUGUACUUGCUGUGGCCUUGAUAUGGGCAGGCAGUUGGAUAUUUGAAGCUUCAAGUGAAAAUGCAAACAGAAAGACCUUCAAGGAAAGCGUCAAACCAGGAUGGCAUUAUUUUGGCAGGAAAAUGGAUGCUGCGGACUUCGAAUGGGUGAUGUGGUUCACGACAUUCCGCAAUCAUAUCCUUUUUGCUCUCGUUGGUCAUGUGAUCUUUGCCAAGAUAUUUUCCCUGGUGGCUCCAAAGAUUGGUAUAAAUGGAUGUAAGCACAGAUCCUUGGUCUUUGGGGUGUAUGGAGGUUUGGCAGUCCUGGUAACGAUGGGCUGGACUUUCUUGGCUCUGGUUCUUUCUCAUUGCAUCAUACUAUACAGCGUGGCUAUAUUCAAAAGUAAAUGGAUGUGCUUCGCUGCAGGCUUGUGUACGCUGGCCUCCAUCAAGCUGGAGCCCUUUAACUCCUGGCAGGAAGCCUUGGUAACUGGUUCCUUCAACCUCCAAGAUAUCCUGUUCUAUGGCGGUUGUGGCUUCAGCAUCAUGCGCUGUAUGAGUUUUGCUUUAGAGAACUGCGAGAAGAAGGAAGGCAACUACACGUUCUCAGACCUGGUGAAAUACAACUUCUACCUCCCAUUCUUCUUCUUUGGACCGAUAAUGACAUUCGACCGGUUUCAUGCCCAGGCAAAUAACACUCAGCUGAUCCGUAAAGAGAGGGAGAUGUGGAACAUCACCACCAAGGCCUUGUUGCACCUGGGAGGUAUUCUCGUGGUGGAUGUCUUCUUCCACUACCUUUACAUUCUGACGAUACCCAGUGACAUGAAGCUGGUCGCUAAGCUUUCUGACUGGUCUCUGGCUGGACUGGCUUAUUCCAACUUGGUGUAUGACUGGGUGAAAGCGGCUGUAAUGUUCGGCGUCAUCAACACCGUGGCAAUGCUGGAUCACCUGGACCCUCCUCAGCCUCCCAAGUGUAUCACCAUGCUUUACGUCUUCGCUGAGACGCACUUUGACAGAGGCAUCAAUGACUGGCUGUGCAAGUAUGUUUACGACUACAUUGGUGGAAAUCACGAUCAAAUCUUCAAAGAACUUCUUGCAACCAUCUGCACUUUUGCCGUCACCACCCUGUGGCUGGGCCCAUGUGAACUGGUUUAUAUCUGGUCCUUUUUCAACUGCUUUGGUCUCAACUUUGAGCUGUGGGUGGCCAAGUUCUUCUCCCUUCCACCACUUUCUACCAUAGAGAGUGCCAUGGGUGAAGCCAUGUCACGCAGGAUCCGCGGUUUGUUCAAUGCGGCCAACUUCUGGGCUAUCGUCCUCUACAAUGUUCUCUCCCUGAACAGUUUGGAGUUUGCCAAAAUGGUGGGAAGGAGACUGAUUUUUAAAGGUUUUCCUCUGUCGACCCUCUCUGUGUUACUCGUGACCUACUGUGGUGUGCAGCUGGUGAAGGAACGAGAGAGACAACAAGCCUUGCUGGAAGAUCCAGAGCCGGUGAAGCCAGUAGAUGGUGGCAAAGAAAAAGCAGAAUAACCUGGCAGAGAAACAGUUUCACAGACUUAAUGGUCAAUGGGCGCUCACGUGGUUCUAUCCUCGGCCUUGCAUGCUGUAACAGAACCAUGCUGGUUAACAGCCAUUCAGCACCUAUAUUGUUCACAAGCCGGUGUUUUUCCUUUUGUUUGUCGGAAGCGAGGCAAUGAUUCGAACUGUGAAAAAUCCGCAAGUGCACUUGCUGUUGAUAAUCAACACAUACUUUGGCACAAACCCACCGACAGUGCAUUUAGUAUUUGUAUCGAUCUGGACUAAAGAUUGUUUAAAAUCUAUCUAUCUAUCUAUCUAUCUAUCUAUCUAUCUAUCUAUCUAUCUAUCUAUCUAUCUAUCUAUAUAUAUAUAUAUAUAUAUAUAUAUAUAUAUAUAUAUAUAUAUGUAUGUUUAAAAGUACUUAAGGACAUAUAGUAUUGUAAAGGAAGAAUUACUUUUGGCCUGUGUGGUUCUGUUCUCCUUCACUUUUAUUUCUUCUUCCUUUUUUAUCACCAUCUUUGUUUUUUAUUUAAUUGAGAUGGUUGAGAUCCAAUCUUAUUGAUCUGUAAUCAAGCUAAAAGGGUAAAACUUGAAGAAAACUUGAAAUCAGGGCGUCAUAAAUGGAGUGCAAUAAAGAAAAUAAAAAGGGUGCUAUGGAGGUCCUCCACAUAGCUUGCAGCUGAUUGUAAUGUACAGUAUAAUUGUUUUACUCUUACUAAGAAAAAUAUAUAUGACGGUAAAGCACUGGUAUUUUAGUUUGAUUAUGUAUCAGAUCUCCUGUGAUUCUGAGUACUGAAUGUAGCUAAGUCACUGGAAACCAUUCAAAGAAUGACUGCCUUACUCUACUACUGUCCACAGGAGAUUACUGUGGGUGUGGCGUUUUGGUCCAUCUCUCCUCGGCCCUCACUCACAUAAUAAAGACCCCCACUUGAAAGGCCAGAAGCCCAGCAGGGGACAUGGGUCAGUGUUAUGCUGCCUGUCAACAAAACCUGCUGUGUGUCUUCAGUGCAGCAGUCAGAGAGAGAGAAAAACUCGAUGCAAUGUUUUUUCCCACUUUUGGGUAUUCAUUAAAGGUGUUCAUUUCAAAUGUUUGACUUGUAAUAAAGUGGUGUUUUGUCCAGAAGGGACACUCCUGCUGUGAGUUUGUUUGGUUGCUAUUUGCAGUGAGAUUGCUGUGUGUACAUGUAUGCACCUAUGAGCUGUUCAGGACGGUCUGCAUUAAAACAUUUGAACAAAUUCAUUCUCUUUGAAUGGA